GGGGAGGGGGAGGGCGCGGAGACGAGCGGCGGCCCCUCACGGCCGCGCGCGCGCGCGCGAGAGAGAGACAGAGAGACAACAUGUCCGCGGAGGGAACCGUUGGUCGAGCCGGGCGCUGUUCAUCUCACAAGGUGCGUUGUUAUCCUAUCUCCGGAGCUUACCACAUCAUAGGCUAAAUGGCUUUGUUAAAUGCGAUCUUUCGACGUUGCUUGCCUGACCCCGGCGACCGCAGAGAAAGAAUGAAGCAGUAAGUCGAAAGGGCUAUUUGUGAACAAUUUUGUGGGUGGAGCUGUUUCCCUUUUGCAGACGCAAAAACUAAAGAAGGAAGAAAGAAAGAGAAUCCAGAAGCCAGCAAUGUCAGGAUACUCUCGGAUCCUUUCUGAAGUAGUUCACAGAGCUGAGUGCAAAUGUGAAGUUGAAAUCCUGUCUUGCUUCUGAAUAGCAGGUGGUGGUCACUUGUGCUGUGCUACGGUUCCAGGCUCCGCCACUGUUAAGCGCUCUGAGACGCUGUAGCCCGGACCGAAUCAAAUAUUCUGCCACUUCCAAAUUGUAGGCAUUGGAAAUAGAGAGAGGGAUUUAUUUAUGCCACCAUACAGAGCACGUACCUCUUCAGUCCAGAUGUUUGUUCUCUGUUUCUGAGUGCCUUGGAAUUGAUUCGAAACUGACACUGUAAGCGGCUACCUUGAAAAUCUGGAUAAAUAUCCAUCAUUUCGGCGGCGAUCGUUCUUUCAAGAUGUUUGGGAAAGUAAAGCAGAACUUACUGGUAGCAUGUUUGGUGAUCAGCUCAAUUACGGUGUUUUAUCUCGGCCGCCACGCCAUGGAAUGCCACCAUAGAAUAGAACACCAGCAACUGAACGCACAAGCAAAGGGCAGGUCAUUAAGUCACACGUCAAGAACUGGAUUCAGCAAUAGUUCAAAUAGAAUUGUUUACAACAAGGACACGCCUUUAAUAUUUAUUGGAGGGGUGCCCCGCAGCGGCACCACGCUCAUGAGAGCCAUGCUGGACGCUCAUCCCGAUGUGCGCUGUGGGGAAGAGACCAGGGUGAUUCCGCGAAUCCUUGCGAUGAAGCAAAUGUGGAGCCGAUCAGGCAGAGAGAAGCAACGACUGGACGAAGCUGGUGUCACAGACGAGGUGCUGGACUCGGCGAUGCAAGCCUUUUUGUUAGAAAUCAUAGUGAAGCACGGGGAACCUGCCACGUACCUGUGCAAUAAAGACCCGUUUGCACUCAAGUCAUUGACUUACUUGAGCAAAAUCUUUCCGAAUGCCAAAUUCAUCCUCAUGAUUCGGGACGGGCGUGCUUCUGUGCACUCCAUGAUCACCCGCAAAGUCACCAUAGCAGGAUUUGAUCUGAACAGUUAUAGAGACUGCCUGACGAAAUGGAACCGUGCUAUUGAGACCAUGUAUAACCAGUGUCUGGAAGCUGGGCUCAGUAAGUGCUUACCGGUGCAUUAUGAACAGCUGGUCCUUCACCCCGAAACCUGGUUGAGGAAUGUUUUAAAAUUCCUGAGUGUACCCUGGAAUCGGGCAGUGUUGCAUCACGAAGAGAUGAUUGGGAAAGCGGGAGGUGUAUCCCUUUCCAAGGUUGAAAGGUCCACCGACCAAGUCAUCAAGCCAGUCAAUGUUGAAGCGUUAUCAAAAUGGGUGGGGAAAAUGCCACAAGAUGUGGUUCGUGAAAUGCCGGUGAUUGCACCUAUGUUAUCAAAGCUUGGAUAUGAUCCAUAUGCCAACCCUCCAAAUUAUGGAAAGCCAGAUCCAGCAGUUAUUGAGAACACUAAAAGGGUAAUCAAAGGUGAAUAUGAGCUACCUGAAUUUCUUAAAGAUCAGCCACAGAUAAAAGAAUCAAAUCAAAUAAAUCAAAUAAAGCUGUAGCUGCUGUGAAUGACCAGAGGUGGGGAUUGCAGCCUCUGAACGGAUAAGUUGUCUUCACAUUUCAUUGCCACAAUUGCAAGCGUGCACCUUGGAAGCUGUGUCGAGCUCAGAUUUUAACUACAGCCCCUAUGUGUAGCUACGGUCAUAGUUGCAUCGAUGUGGAACAAAGCACUUUUUUUUUUCAUAUGUCAUUUCUCUUUCCCCCCAACCCCCCCCCCAAACUUUCUCCAUGAGUGAAAGUGCUCUUCGAAUGUACAAAUCCUGUACGCAAGUAUUGUUGGUGGCAAUAUUGUUAAGACUAUUGCCUUAAUAAUUGCAACCCCUCCUUUGUAUGGUUAGAGCUGUAAAUGAAGAGAAUGAGCUCUUUCGAUUCACCCUGGGAUUUCUCAGAGGGUAAAAAGACAGUGGAACAUUCUGGAUAAAUAAAUUGUGUCUGCAUUUUUGUGGCAUUGAGGAUUUCUAAUCAGCUUUGAAAGAAAACAUGAAAGAAACUCUUUAUGUGCUUUUUUUGAAAAAAAAGCUUUUUGGCUGGAAGUCUUUGUGUCCAGGAAUGUGAUGUUAAAACGUAAUAGUAUUUUUGGCUAUACAUUUAUAUGGAAAAAUGUAUCAUUACUAUUAAAAACAUCAGAAAAUG